AUGGCGUGCAUCAUCGGCGCCACCCAGGCGGCGCACGCCGCCGCGAGCGCUUCCUCGCGCGGAUCCCGCGGACCGUCCGCCGCGACCGCGGCGACGACGCGCGUCGCCGCCGCGAACGGCGAAAAGAUUCUUCGGAAGAAUCGACCGUCGCUCGCGGCGAGCGUCCCGUCCCACGGCUCGUCCUCGGCGCGACGCGUCGCGACCGCGCGCGCCAUCGCGGACGGCCCCGCGCCCGCGGCCGCGCCCGCGGCCGCGUCCGCCGCGUCCGCCGCGUCCGCCGCGAAGCGCGCGGCCCCGCGGUCGACGCAAGCGGACGAGUUCCGCGCGCUCGUCGGCGCGGGACACAACCUCGUCCCGCUGUACCGCCGCAUCUUCGACGACCAGCUCACGCCGAUCCUCGCGUAUCGAUGCCUCGUCAAGGAGGACGAGCGCGACGCGCCGAGCUUCCUCCUCGAGUCCGUCGUCGGCGGGACGCAGACGGGGCGCUUCUCCUUCCUGGGCUCGCGCCCGUACCUCGAAGUGAUCGCGAAGGAGUCGAGCUGCGUCGUGCUCGAUCAUCACGCGGGGACCAAGACGCGCUCGACCGAGUCCGACCCGAUGGCGGUCGCGCAGCAGAUCGCGACGAAGUGGCACCCGACGCGCACGGAGGGCCUCCCGGAGUGCUUCACCGGCGGGUGGGUCGGGUACACCGGGUACGACACGGUUCGGUAUCAGUACCUGAACAAGCUCCCGUUCGGAGACGCGCCGACGGACGACCGCGCGUUGCCCGACCUGUGCCUCGGUCUGUACCGCGACGUCGUCGUGUUCGACCACGCCACGAAGCAGGUGUACGCGGUGCACUGGGUGGACACGACCGUCUUCGGCGGCGACGUCGAGGCGUCGCUCGAGGAUGGCGAGCGGUGCCUGCACGAUCUCGUCAAGGCGCUGCAGCCGUCUUCCGCGCCGACGUUGCCGUUCGGGGAGGUGUCGAUGUCGCUGACCGCGCCGCCGACGCCGCCGAAGGACAGCACGAUGACGAAAGAGGCGUUCUUGAACGCGGUCGCGGAGACGAAGGAGCACAUCGUCGCCGGGGAUAUCUUUCAGCUCGUGUUGUCCCACCGGUUCCAGAGGAGCACGUUCGCGGAUCCGUUUGAGGUGUACCGCGCGCUGAGAGUCGUGAACCCGUCGCCGUACAUGAUUUACCUCCAAGCGAGAGGGUCGAUCAUAGUCGCGUCUUCGCCGGAGAUUUUGUGCAGGACGGAUAAGCACCGCACAGUGGUGAACCGCCCGCUCGCGGGGACGCGCAUGCGCGGUAAGACGAAGGAGGAGGACGACGCGCUCGAGCUCGACCUUCUCGCGGAUGAAAAAGAGAAAGCCGAGCACGUCAUGCUCGUCGACCUCGGAAGAAACGACGUCGGCAGGGUGAGUAAAGCCGGGACGGUGAAGGUUGAGAAACUCAUGGAGAUUGAGCGUUACUCGCACGUGAUGCACAUCUCUUCCACGGUGACCGGGUCGCUGUUGGAGGAUUUAGGGCCGUGGGACGUCCUGAAGGCGGCGCUGCCCGUCGGCACCGUCUCCGGGGCGCCGAAAGUGCGCGCGAUGCAGAUCAUCGACGAGCUGGAGACGACGCGACGGGGGCCGUACGGCGGCGGCGUCGGGUACGUCGGGUUCAUGGGCGAGAUGGACAUGGCGCUCGCGCUGCGGACGAUGGUGAUCCCGACGGAGCACAAGGAGAACCUGUACGAGUUCAGAAACGGGAUCGAAGGGAAGUCGCGACGGGAGUGGACGAUUCACUUGCAAGCCGGCGCGGGGAUCGUCGCGGACUCGAAUCCGGAGAGCGAGUAUCAGGAGACGGUGAACAAGGCCGCGGCGCUCGGGCGGGCGAUCGAUCUCGCGGAGGAGGCUUUCGAGGACGUGUGA